AGUUGUGCGUUUAUAUGGAGCGUGAAAUUAUCUACUACUAGUAAAUUUGUGUUUACAUAGGUUAAAAAAUUAAUUAAAUAAUGAAUACGUUGUGUCGAAUAUCUCCAAAAAAUAUUAUUUCUACGUGUUAUAAAAUACAAGCAAAUAAUUAUGCUGCACCAGGAUCAAAAAUAACACUUGGAAAAGGUGUCAGUUCGAAAAAAGGUGUUUCUUCAAACAGGAUGGUAUUCCCUGUCGAAAAAGAUACUAAUAAAUUAAUAACUUAUGUUUGCGGAUCCAAUUAUUUUAAAGAGGGAGAAGAUAUUAAACUUAAACCUGAUUCAGAAUAUCCAGAUUGGCUUUGGACUCUUCCAUUGACACCACCACGUCUGGAGGAUAUGGAUCCAAAUACAAAACAAUAUUGGCGUCGUUUAAGAAGGCUCGGUUUACAAAAUAAUAAUUUAAAAAGAAAAUUUAAAUAAUUGUCGAUAGAUUAUGUAUAAAUAAUAAUUAAAUAAUAUCUAUGCAAGAGGAAACGUAUAUUAAAUAAAAUUUGUAAAUAGAACUUUUAUUAAGAACGAAUAAAAUAAUUAAUAAAAAAAAGAAAAGAAAA